AUGGUAAGAAAAACGAACUUUGAUGUACAAAAAUUCAAGGAUGCACUGGCCAAUGCUUCAGAAAGGGUCACAAAUAUUGCCAAGGAAAGAAUGAAAUUGCCAAGGGCCAAAGUAAGUGAAGAAAAGGAGACAGACAAAGAUCAUGAUCUAGAAGAUGAUGAGGUGACGUUUGGUCCAGCUCCAGCAUCAACAUACGAUGCACUGGAAAAAACAGUGGAGGAUGAAGGAGACGAAGGUCUUCCAAGGAAAUGUAAGAACAACAAAAAGAAGAAAAAGAAUAAGAAGAAUAAAAGGAAGAGAGAACCAGAGCAUGAACAAGAGGUUAUUGAACCAGCAGAGAAGAAAACAAAGGUGGAAUAAAUGAAGCAAGAAAUAGUUAUAUAACUGUAUGAAUGAAUGGGUGUGCUAAUGAAGUG